AUGAUCCCGGUCCCUGCUCGCUCACCCAUAGCUGUGGAUUCCUCUUAGCCUUCUAUACUGUUUCUUUCAUCCUUCUAUCCCUUUCCUUUGCGAUUGUCUCUCCCUGUGCUGUCCUCACCUCGAGUUUCCCACCCCCCCAACAUGGUUCGCACCAGGCCGACUGGCCCCGCUUCGGCGGUCCAGUUGCAGCCCGUCAAACUGAUCCAGCCCAUCGUUGCAGAAAGUAAGAUAGCACCGCGGUCCAAGGCCCAAACCCAGGUCGCUGCACCGCCGACGUUGACGACGACCCAUGAAUCCCUGGCUCUCCAACAGCAGCAAAGCCUGGAGAUGGUCCAGAUCAUGCUGCACGUAUCGCUCGGAACAUUGUUCUAUCUGCGCGAGCUCUUACCGCUUCCAUGUUUCGAUGACCGAGAUCUGAAGAAAGCCCAGAAGACGAAUGAACUUUCAUACAGCGAGUUCAUUCACGAACCCCCCACCCAGGACAGCCCGGAAGGUCGUCCCGAAGUCCCGUUCGGCGCGGGGAGGCGGGGCCAGCCGUUGAAGAUCAUCGUCCGAGGGGCCGAUCCCAACGCGGAAAUGAUCCUAAACCUCUUGGAAAAUGGCAUCUUUGACGCGCUGCGUAAGAACGUGCUGGAAGCCGUCCAAUUGACCAUCCUGGUCGACAAGGACACCCCCGAAAAUGUACUAGAGUCCUACACCUUCUCUUUCAAGUACACCGGUGCUGCCGGCGACAUGAACAGCCGUCUAGAAAGGUUGUCGAUUGACCCGGUGGGCUGUGUCGCCGACAUGAAGACCGCACAGACGGCCCGCAUCGGCCUGGAAACCAUCAUCAGGCGCCUGAUCACGCUAAGUGCCUUUCUUCCCACGCUGCCAAACAAGCGCCACCUGGGAGUACACUUGUUCUAUACCGAGGAUUGCCCGAGUGACUACGAGCCCCCUGGCUUUGUUGGAGGGCGCAAUGAGACUAUUAAGUAUCCAUUCAGUGAGAAUUGGCAUAAGGAAUCUCAGCCAUGCGGCACAAUGGACAGCGGAUGGCACACUGUGGGUCUGAAGGUAACCUCCCUGAAAUGGACGGGCCCGGACCCGGGCGCAUUCGAAGCACCGCCUCAGGUACCUAUGGACAUGGAGUACAGUGAUACCGCGCAGCGAUCCGAUGAUAUUGGAUUCCCCGAGGAUGUAUCCCGUGGGAAAGAGAGCCCGACCAACGCCUCCGCCAAGGAUAACUCGCAGUCAAGUGCAGACCAGCAGAUGGAACUGGAGUCACCCCACGAAGAACAGAGUUCCCAGGAAGCAGCACAAGCCGGUCAGAAAAUUGUGGAAAGCAUGUCACCAACACGACCCGAGAUACCCCCGGAGUCAUUCGACUCGGAGGAGGCAACUCAGGAUAAGGCGGAAAGGAUUAAACUGCAGAUGAUGUUGCCGACCCAAGAGGCUCCUGGUCCCGAUAGUGCCCUUAUCCCUACACAGCCAAUUCAGUCCGAUAUCCUGUCUGAAAAGGACACCCCUGCGCCGGUCGAACAAAACAAGAGUAGGUUGAAGCAAAUCAAAGUCGACAAGAUCAGAGAGCAUGCCCGCGGGCAGAUACGUGACCGCCAGGGCAAUCAGGAACAAGAUCAAGCCUCCGUCAAGUGUCAAUGUGGCUGGGAGGGCGAAGAGAAAGCAAUGGUACGAUGUUCUUUCUGCCAUACCCAACAGCAUGCGCUGUGUUAUGGCUUCGAAGGUCCAACCGAUCCACGCAUACCUGAUGUGCACGCAUGCUACCAAUGCCUGCUGGAGCCGAACGAGCCGCAGUUGCUUCGAGAAAUGAAUAACCAGGUGUUAUUACGAAGGGCGCUUAGAAUUAUAAUUGACGAAGGAUUUCCCAGCACGACAUCGGCCUUUACUCAGAAGCUCCACUGCAACGGCCAAACCGUCGUCCAAAUCACCGAUCUCCUGAAGAAACAGAAGUUGCUGCUGCCAACCCAGGGGUACAAAAUGAAGGGGUUUGUACGAAAAGGGCUGCCGAAAUUCUAUAUACCAAGCUCAGACGAUGUCCGCGAGCGGAUACACAAGGAAAUCAUGGACCCGAUGGUCAAGAUUGGGCAGCAUUAUAACCAGAACGCGCCAGACAAACCCGUCGAGGCACCAGAUCGAGCCAAUACCCCGAAGAACCCCUCCAUCGACAACUUCAUCCCGCGCGAGAACGAACAACCCGUUGGCGAAGAGGGAGCUCAAAAACCGCAAGUUUACACCAAUGGAUCCGAACCACCAACCCCAGAGCCACAAACCCGCAAAAGAAGAAUAACCCCAGAUAUACCCGACGACACAUCCGGCACGGACGACCUCGAAAAGACCGACAUCACGCCCCAAGCAACUCAACCAAACCACAGCCUUCCCAACGGGCCUGAGCCUGGAAAGAAACCCGCCCGUCGCUCAGGCAUGUCCGCCGACGACCGCCUCAUCACAUCGCAGAAUAUUCCAGAGAGUUCCGAAGAAACAGGCGGCGAUAGUCCCCGACGCAGCCACCGCAAACGACGCAAGGUCAGCAACUUUUCGAAGUUGAUUGAUGUCGGGGCGGACACGAGCGACAAUGAUAGUGGGUUUCAGCCGGGGAGGACUGCACAGUGAGAAGAACGAUCCAGAUUGAUUGAUCUAUCCAGACGGCGGGCUUCGUGGUUAUCUGCUGGAACAGACAGCCGGGUCACUUGAUUUAUAUUCUUUUAUAAUCAUCGGAUGCGUCUCUCAAGCAUGGCGUCAAGGAAAAUCCCCUUUCCCAAGAAAGCAAUAUCACUACCAGUCUGACGAGAAAAAGUAAUUCCCAG